UGAGCCAUUCUGCGAGGGGUUGAGACGGUAACGCACCUGAACCGCACAAAACAGCGGCUUUCUUCUCGUUCGAUUAUUGCCAUAGAUUUGGAAAUCAAUCGUUUGACAUUGAAGCUAAAUCGGACCUUUCAAAGGCGCUGACCCAGCCAUCGAUUGUGUGAUCAAAUUUAGAAAGACGGUUGAUUAUUUUUGGGAUUCUUUGUCUUCGUCGCAGUAUCUGUCGCCUCUCAAAACUUCGUCCAGACUGUUACUGUAAAAAAUCAAAAUGGCCACCACGGAAGACGUGACAGUCAUGUUGAACCUUACGGGCUGGACCACCACAUUGGCGACACUGGCCACCAAUGACACGGCCGCAGGCGACGGACGAAUAUUCCUCCCGGAUUGGUUCGAGUGGUUUCGUCCCGUUGUGGAAUUUUACGCCAUUUGGCAAAAUUUUGCGUACUGGUUCGUUGCGCCGAUGAUGCUUUUUGUUUAUGGCGGGGCUGUGAUUUUGUACGCUAUUGGACAAAUUAUUGAGCUUACUGGUUUUAAGAUAAAAGUCAGACGGGCAAAGAAACUUGGGCUUCCGCCACCCAAGAGGAAAGUGAAGAAAAAGCCGGAUAUAUUUCAGCGAGUGGUCAAAAAACAAGAAGAAAUAGUACAGAAGAAAGAAGUAGAACGACAGGUAAAAAAAGCGAAGAAGGAGGAGGAGAUAAAGAAAAAGGUAGAAGAACGACAGAAGAUAGAGGAUGCAAAGCCGAAAAUGAUGACUGCUGAGGAACGGAAAGCAUACCUACGAAAAUACCACGCUGCGACCAUAGAAAGGGAGAGGCUGAUGGGGAUAGCGAGAGGGGACACCGCCAGCCCGCCCUCGCCAGAUAUGAUCAAGGAAGAACAAACUAAGAUCGCUCCGGGUUGGUCCAAUUCCAUCGCAAAGGCCUACGCCAGAACCUUUUUAUCUAUGACCUCUCCAACUCCUUCAGAGGAGGAAUUUAACAAGGGUUCGAAGGAUACCAAGCAGUCCCUGAUGGAGAUGGAUCUGUGGACUCUAGCACAGCUUACGCGGAUGGAAGCUAAGCGUUCACGUGCAAAGAGCGCCGCUGGGGGAAGAGCAUCGGGACUUUCAAAUGGGAGCAACGCACGGACCAUCCGCGUGCAAGAAAAGGACAAGAAAGAGAUGCAGCAAGAAGAACCCGAGAGUAAACCUAAGAAGCAGUGGCAAAUGCUCAAUAGGUUUGAUCUGAGGUUCGACGAUAUCAAAAAACCCAAAAGCAGAGGUUCUGAGAGCGAAGCUUAAAUAAAAUGGGGAGGUAAUAAAUUUAUUAAGAUGCGAACUCGGUUCACGACUCUGCCUAAUGAUGAUUUUAGCCCAUGUGCAAUCCGGUGCCUUGAUGCUUGCUUUGGGAUCAAAACAUGGCUUAAUAUUUUAUUACAUCUAAAUUAUAGGCCUUAAAGAAUAUUCCGUCCACGCUUUCUGAACUGAUAAAAGUGGCAUCUUAAUUUUUUUCUUCUUAAGGGCGCACAUCGACCAAAUAUCAAUUUUAGCAAAUUUCGUUAUGUACAUUUAAUGAGUUUUAGAAAAUAGCAUUUGUCUGACGAGAGAAAUCAAGCCUCUUAUCUGAAAAUAUUGGAGAAUCUGUAACCGGAGAAAAUGCGGUUGACAUUCAUCCAUGUUGACAUGUUAAUAGUCUAUUUUGUAUAUGGAAUACUUUGUCUUAACUAAUGGUUAUAUUGAAUGUAUCUUUUAAAUCUAACAUAGAAAAAUUUUUGUUAGUUAUUUUCAUAGACAAUGAUAUCUUGUAAGCAUGUUUUAUCAUUUUUUUCAGGCCCUAAAAAUUAGACACUUUGUCGAUAUCAAUGCUCACUUUCCAUGUGAAGAAACGUACUUGUGAUGUAACUUAAUUGGUGCUGUGAUGUAUUUGCCUUCCUGUGGUAACAAUUAAUAUACGACAUUUAUCAAAUAUACAAACUUGAUUAAAAAAGAAAAAAAGAAUGUAUGAAUAUUCAGUAGUCCAUGUUAGUGAAACAGAUGGUGUGAUAUCGAAUAUGUUUGAUUAAGCCUUUCCCGUAAAAUGGAAAUAUUGACAAAAUUUCUGGACUUACUUUUUUUAGUUGUAUCGCGGAGUAUUUUACCUUGGGGCAUAUUCAAAUAUUCCUUGGUAUUUUUUAAAACGUAGUUCUGUUAAAAGGCAAAAAAGUAUCUUUUUCAGUUUAAAUGAGUCAUUUGCUCACGAGGUGGUAUUUAUGCGAAUUAACAUUAUGCGAUAAAAUUUAAGUGAAAUUUGUGUCAAUUUUUCACUGUUUCUUUAUCCUUGACGAGUAAGUGCGAAUUAUACAUAUGAAAGUGAAAUAA